UAUUAAUUUGUCUUAAACCAGAUAGGCAUAGCAGAGCGGAUGCGUCGCCUCCAGCUAUAUCCGUCGCUGAACAGCCCCCCAGAUUAAGUCCGUAGGGUUUUCUCAGGUUGUCGAGUUCAGCGAUUCAGUUUAAGCAUGACUUUAAACGAGCCACUUACAUCUGAUCCCCUCAAUUUAGACGUUCUUAUAAAUAAAUGCAAUACGUGCUUUGUUUCUAUUAAGUUAUAUCCCAUUGGCUCUUACUAAGCGUUAAAUGUACAGCAUGUAUAAUUACAUUCUCAGGAAAUGAUGCUUCUCUUCAAAGCACUUUAGUAUUAAAAAUAAAUUAUGCCGAAAACACGCCAGAUUCUUUCGCCGCACGUAGACAUUUGGCCUGGAAUUUGUUAAAACAGCAAAUAUAUACAGUAUUUAACAACUGUAACAACUUAAGAAGUCCCCUGUCUUCCGUCUAAUAAACCGUGUAACACGGGAACUAUGAAGAGAUGUAUUUGAAUCCAUUUCAUUAAACGGACCAAUAUUCUUUUUCUGGGUUAAUGCGUAUGAAGUUGUAAUAAAGAUAAUAAUGUAUGAGUUUCUAAUGACUAUCCCAAACGCUUUUUUUCUACGGCAAGGGUGGAAACAAAAGAAUUGAAUUAUUAAUAAUUAUGCAAGCUAAUUUAAUUUUUAGCAAUGGUCUGGCAAUAUUUACAUAAACUGCUGUUGUGCUGAUUAUUUAAAGUCUAUUCUCGUUGCACGGUUCAUGUUUUAGCUGAAGUCCAGCGACUUAAUUAGACCAUUUGUCUUUUUACACGAUUAUAGUCUACACACCUCAGGCAAGAUUUAAAUUCCCUUCUUCGUUUUUAUACCAGGCUAUAUUAAGGUCCGCAGGUGGUGUAGUGGUUAAGGUACAGAUUAACGGUGCCUCUCCAAAGGGAUGCCGUGAUUAUUUUACGCUCGGGAAAAGGCCCCAUAUCACUGAAGGCGGAACGACACUGAUCGCGCCAUUGAAACCCCAGCUCAAUAAAUACGUUAAUUAUAAAGUCGUGCUGUAUAUGGUAAACUGGACGAAAACACAAGGUAAUGGACUAAAUAUCACAUAAAUUAACUGGUCACAAUGUUUUAUGCUAGUGAACAGCAGGGAAGACAAUAAUACAGCGGCCCUUAUAUUUAAAACACACGGACAUUUAACCACGGUGCUGAAAGCUGUAACCGUGUGGGUCGCACGCAUGAUAGCAUUAAACCCGUUAAUCAUGGUCAGUUGUUUAUGAUCAUCCAGCAGAGAAUUUAUAGAUAGUACAUUAAUGUGUUGCCACUAUUAAGUAAAGUAAGCCAAAGGCUAUUAGGAUUUGAACAGUAAAAAAGCCCUAAUAUCUGAACAUGUGCGGCUAAGAAAGUUUUUCAAACCCUACUUGGGGUUUAAUUGCAGUACACUCAUCAGGCUAUAAUCUUAAUACUGAUAAAACAGAUGUUCGUGAGGUUCAAUGUAACCUGGGAGAAUUACAAAUAUGUUAUUGGAAAAUACAAUGACGCCCUGUUUGCAAGUAAAGACUGUUCAAAUUAACACAACAUAAUUAGCUGAUGUUUUCCUGGCGCUGUAAGAUGCGUGCAAUGAUGCAACAUGGAAAAUACAACUUUAGCAAUAAAACAUGUUCUAAGCUGUGUUUUGAAAUACUAUCCGGCUGAAGGUACGAUAUUUUCAAGGGCAUUUAAUCAGCAUAUGCAACACAUCCAACGGAGUAAAAGCUACCGGAUUGUUAGAUGCUGUUCAGAUUCUUUUUUCCUUGAUCACAACGUGUUCAUCUAGGUGCAUUACGAUCGCACGACAAGAAGACUAAUGUAAUGUCAAUUAUUUGUCAUAAAAUGUAAGAUACAAUGAAAUGCGCUCCACCGAUUUAGAGGCUCGUAAACUAUAGCGUCCCUGUCCCUUUAAAGACUCAGACAAAACGCCCAUAUGAUCCCAGAGCUCCAAUCACCAGUUUCUUCUGCAAAGGCAGUCUCUGCAUUUUUGUCUUUUUCUAAACGCUAACAUGGCGAAAAAAGGACUGAUGUGAAGAAUAAAAGAGACGUAAGAAAUGUGAAAAUACAGCAUUAAGCAUUUUAAUGGAGAGGAGAAGUCCGAUACAGAAGAAGGGGAAUAGGGACUCCUUCGCAAGAGAAAACCUUGGAUCAAAAUGCUGAUAGUGGAAAAGACGACUGACUACCCUUCCACAGAGUUCUCACUGGUGGAGGAUGUUGCCCUCCAUUUCACGUGUUUGAUGGACAGAUUGAACGAGCAGCGUCUGUUUCAGCCCAACCUGUGUGAUGUGGACAUAGUGCUGGUGCGUCAGAAGAACACCUUCCAAGCCCACAAGGGCGUGUUGGCAGCGUACAGCCAGUUCUUCCAUUCGCUCUUCACCCAGAACAAACAGCUCCAGCGGGUGGAGCUGUCACUAGAGGCCAUCACCUCACAGGGCCUGCAGCAGAUCCUUAACUUUAUCUACACCUCCAAGCUGUUGGUCAACGCCUGCAACGUGCAGGACGUGCUCAACGCUGCUGCCGUGCUCCAGAUGAGCGACAUCGCCACCUCCUGCCAAGAUCUCAUCAGCAGUCGCUCCUUGGUCCUCAGUGCUGACAUGGCCAAGCAUGAUGGGCGUGGAAAUGCCCCCUCCCAGUUCUAUCGGGAGAUCAAGCAAGAGUUGGACCCCCUCCACACUAAACUCUAUGCCCGAGAGGGUAACAACCCUUACUCUGUACGUGUAGAAGACUGCACAGGGAAGCCACACCCCAUUCAACCUAAGCAAUACUUCAAGAAGGAGGAGGGUGGUGAGGGUGCUGGGCGCCUUUGCAAGAUCGAGAGCAUUGUGCAGGACUUGGAGGACUCUGACAGCCAUUCGUCCUUCAAUCGAGAGCAGAUCAUUGUGGAAGUCAACCUUAACAAUCAAACGCUGAAUGUUUCCAAGGGCACUGAAGGCAAGACCACCUCAAAAGAGUCUGCUGCUAUACUAGGCCGAAGUCGUGGCAAGGAGCAGGAAAUGGAAGAAGAUGAGGAGGAGGAGGAGGAGGGCAAUGAGGAGGAAGAGAAUGAGGAGGAGGAUGAAGAUGCAGAACUGGAGGAGGAGGAAGAUGAGGAGUAUCAGAGUGAGGAAGAGGACCUGGGGGACUCUAGCGAGGAGGAGGAUGAGGAGGAGCCGGAGGAAGAUGGCCACAACAUUCCAGAGGCGAAGAUUGAGAGGCCUCGGCGACAGACCAGGGCCUCUAGAGACACCACGGCGACCGUCUCCUCUCAGCAGACUCUGAGCAUAACCAUGAGGGCAAGCAAAGGUCGGGGGCGCAAGACAAAGAAAGACCAGGAGGGUCUAGGCCAGAAGGUCAAGCUGGAAGAGAAGCAGCACUUCCCCUGCAUGAAGUGCCCACGUGUCUUCAACAACCGCUGGUACCUGGAGAAGCACAUGAAUGUCACACACAAUCGCAUGCAGAUCUGUGACAAGUGUGGCAAACGCUUCCUCCUGGAGAGCGAGCUGCUACUGCACCGUCAGACCGACUGCGAGAAGACUAUCCAGUGUGUCACCUGUGGCAAGGCCUUUAAGAAGCUGUGGUCUCUCCACGAGCACAACAAGAUCGUCCACGGCUAUGCAGAGAAGAAGUUCUCCUGUGAGAUCUGCGAGAAGAAGUUCUACACGAUGGCGCAUGUCAGGAAGCACAUGGUUGCUCACACCAAGGACAUGCCGUUCACGUGCGAGACGUGUGGGAAGUCCUUCAAGCGCAGCAUGUCCCUGAAGGUGCACUCACUGCAGCACUCGGGGGAGAAGCCCUUUAAAUGCGAGAACUGCAGCGAGCGCUUCCAGUACAAGUACCAGCUGCGGUCCCACAUGAGCAUCCACAUUGGACACAAGCAGUUCAUGUGCCAGUGGUGUGGCAAGGACUUCAACAUGAAGCAGUACUUUGACGAGCACAUGAAGACCCACACGGGCGAGAAGCCGUACAUCUGCGAGAUCUGUGGGAAGAGCUUCACCAGCCGGCCCAACAUGAAGCGGCACCGGCGGACCCACACGGGCGAAAAGCCAUACCCCUGUGAUGUGUGUGGCCAGCGCUUCCGCUUUUCCAACAUGCUCAAGGCUCACAAGGAGAAAUGCUUCCGGGUCAGCAACCCCACCACCUCAGAGGCAGGCCUGCUGGGCCUGGGCCCUGCCUCUCCGGUCUCCGGCUCUGAUGUGGUGGCCAAUCAGGUGGUGCCGGUCAUCUCGCCCAUGACAACUGGGGAGGCCCGCCACGCAGCCCCUCUCUCCCUCCCCUUCCACCCGAUGGCAGGCCUCCCCCCUCCAUCUCACUUGCCCCCUUUGCCGCCCCUGUUCCCUGCAGGAAGGAUUAACUCAAACGACAAUUAAUAAAUCCAUUUUUUCUUAAUGUUUUUCUCACUAAUUCAAAUCUGGAUCUCCUCUUUGAUUAUUUGCAUUAAGGGAUCGUGAAAAACACGAAAAUCUAACUGAAAAUCAUCAAGUGACAUUUUCCCCAUCAGGGGUCCCACUUGCAUUUGUGACACCUGCCCUGAGAAUAUAUCACAUAUACAAACAUAUACAUACCAACUUUUAUAGAAAAUAUAUUGAAAUAAUCAGAUCUUUAAUCCUUUUUUCAGCAUCGUCCCUUUUCUUUUUUAACCCACAAAUAUAAGCUAUAGUUUAAUGCCAUUCUCUGGUCAGCUUUUUUUGUGUCAGUCAUCCUGGUAACAGGGAUUUUUCUUUGAAUGAAUGGAAAACAAGAUGGAGACCAUAUUUUUUGAGUUUUCGUUUGUGUUUCCUUCCUGUUGACGCCUACGCAAGCCUUGGCCUCCAGCACACAAGCCCGCAAAGAUACGUCUUCCUCUUCCCCCCGUUUGGUCUGAUUGGUUUCUGCCAAAAAAAAGUGUUCUGGUUGUUUUUGGGUAAAUGUUUUUCCUAAUGGACAGAAACACUCAACUUGUCCUUUGUGGUUCAGCCAGCCAUGUACGCAAACAGUCGAAGUGCAGCAGCAUCAAUGUGCAACAAAUGGAUUUGUGUCUAUUUCAGUUUUGGUACUGAAACUAUAUCGCCUAAUCUUUUGCUCCAGUUAUUAAAGACAAAGCAGUACUUCACUAUAUUUUGUAUUAAAUUGCAAUAACUAGAUAAUAUGUGCUUACCUUGCUGGACAGUACAGUUUUUAUUAAUUAUUAUUCAGUACCCUUUAAAUACCCCAUACAGACACGUCACUUAUUUGGCGUAUUUUUUUACUUUAGUUCUGAUUUGUUGGCUGUAGGACUGUUUCUUGCUUGUAGGCUUGACGUUUUUUUCGGGGUAUCACAGUGUAAGUAACCGGGAAAGAGAACGGAGGACAGAAUUGCGUUUGUGACCGGUUCAGUGUAGCACUAUGAUCCAUGGGGGUUUGUAAAAAGCAGUUAUUUACUGCAGCCACUUUACUCAGCUGUCUUUGGUAGCUGAAGCUUAACCGCGCCAAGCUAGUCGAGCUUCCAACCAUAGCCAGGCUGACGUUUAUCUUUUUUUCUUGGCUUAUGUUAAGCAAUUGUUCCUUUUUUUUAAUUUGUUAAUCAACUUGGCACUUUUUAAAACCUUUACGUGGCUGUAACACUUAAAGAGAGUUUUAUUUCCUAAAGGGCUUGAUACCCUUUUAUUUAAAUCGGACAAUAAAGAUGCCAGUGUGUCUGUAGGAUAAUCGGUUCUUAUUUAACCUUGAAGUUGUAAGUAAGAAAUAAAUAGCAUUGACCCUGACAUCUUAUGCUCUUACAAGCGUAACAUGUGUGCUUCUCUUACUUUUGAAAUUUGUAUGUCGAUGCAGUGAAGUUUAACGGCACUUUAGCCAGCUGGCAGAGAUACGAAAUCCCUGGGGUUAAUUAGUAGGCCUAUUACCUUUGCCGCAGGAUGGGGGGGGUGUAUUAUCUGUUCCAGGGCUCUUCAAAUCUGGCCCUCGAUUCCAAAUCCAGGCCUUGUUUUCCAUUCUUGCAGGUAGUUAGUUUAAUAAUUACUGAUUCUUAUUGGCCAGAGGCUUCACAUCUGGCUCGCAUGUAAAGGGAGGCUGGAAAAUCAGCAGGACUCGGACCAUGAAGGCUGAGAUUUAAAUAGCCCUGAUCUAUUAUGUUACAUAUUUUGUUUCCCAAGAUCAUGUUUUAAGUCCUAAGGAUGUUGCACGGCUUCUUGUUUAUAAAGUGUUCUUAAUUUAGUAUCGCUUAACAUUUUAGUCGUGUAGAAAAAAAUCUGUGUUUUUGUUUUUAAUAUCCAUAAAGCAAAGGUGGGUAGUUCAGGUCC